UCUGGGAAAUAUAUCCAGCAUCCAUCCCCGUUCCCACUCUCACUUACUCACUCUCUCUCUCUCUCUGUCAUCUCGGUCAGCAUCAAGAUCAGAUACCGGGGGUGACAUCUUAUUAUUUAUCGACAAAAUUGACUGUUAUACCAAGCCUCGAGAUGUUCAUCAAAUUUGCACUAGCUCUGCUGCUUUUCUCCGUCUUGGGGGAAGUGGUGGGAACGGAUAACGUUGAUGUCCACGAGAGUCACCCCGAGAAACCGGCGAGUCAGAAAGGACGUCUCUCCUUGCAGAAUACAGCAGAGAUCCAGCACUGCCUUGUAAGUGCGGGAGACGUGGGCUGCGGCGUGUUUGAGUGCUUCGAGAACAACUCCUGUGAAAUCCGGGGCCUGCAGGAAAUCUGCAUGACCUUCCUGCACAAUGCUGGCAAGUUCGACUCGCAGGGAAAGUCUUUUAUCAAGGAUGCACUCAGGUGCAUGGCACACGGGUUAAGGCACAAGUUUAGCUGCAUCAGCCGAAAAUGCUUGGCCAUAAAGGAGAUGGUGUUCCAGCUUCAACGCGAGUGCUACAUGAAACACAACCUCUGCUCAGCUGCUAAAGACAACGUCAAUGUCAUGGUGGAGAUGAUACAUUUCCAGGACUUGUUUCCUAAAGGGCCGUACGUAGAGCUGGUGAACAUCUUGCUGAGCUGUGGAGAGGAGGUGAAGGAGGCUAUAAUCAGGAGCGUACGACUGCAAUGCGAGCAGAACUGGGGCGCUUUGUGUGACAGCCUGAGGUUCUGUUCGUCCAUCCCCACGGCUCCAGUGUCAGGGCCCUCGGGGGGCUUCGAGCGACGUCCAGGUUCCUCUCAUUCAGAGGGGGAGCACCACAAAGGCUCUCGACAAGGAGACAAGGACAAACCUGGCAAGGGUGGGUUCAACCCGCACACGAGAAGUCGGAGCCAAAGCCCUCGGCGCGCCGGGUUAGAUGCCGCUGAAGAUCCGAAGAUCAGCGACAUUCGGAGGUGAAAUGACAGGAUGUCACAACCACGACACCUUUAACCCAGUCGCCAACUUGACAGACUGAGCAAAUGAGAGCAGAUCAUCCAAUUCAACCCGCCCACUUGUCACAUGCAGUACGCACACACCUGUAACUGUCAUUCCAGAAUUCCCAAACUGUACAUUUCAAAGGGUAUAUGUGGUGUAGCUUUUUUGAUACGACAGAUACUAGGAAAGAAUGUUAAUUUUGUAGACGAGCAGUGCUUAUAUUUUCGGUCUAAUGCAGCAUUUCUCUUUUCAGAUACAAUCACUUCUAUUAUUUAUUUUAUGCUUUAUGCAAUGUUUGAAUAUAAAACAUGUACAUAUAAUUCUAUGUAUAUCUAUAUUUAAAUAAACAUGUCUAAUUAUAUCCUCCAUAUUCAGUACUGAUUAUGUAAUAUAGUUCCAAGAAUGCUUGCUGUUGUAUUAGUUACAUUGUUGCACCAAUUACGCAUCUGACUGUAGAUAUGCAAGAUACGUUUGUUCAUUGAAUUGUUUGUUUCAAAGUCUGAAAUGUGUGUGUAAUAAUUAUUCGAAAUACUUGAUUAAUUCAAGCUGCACAGGAUUGAAGUCCAGGUCUAGCACAUGCAAUGGUUUGUGCUAAUUUGAUGGGAAAUUAAAUGUGACAAAAGAAUGUCUGAAGAUAAGUUUAUUGUGCCCUGUGAGUAUUACAUAGAGGCUUUACCCCAAAAUAGACCAUGGUAAAAUAUAUAUAAUACAUUACAAUGUCAAAAUAUACUAGCCUCUAUAUGAAGUAAGUUCAGCAUUAUAUUUAGAUGUGUGCUUUGAAAUAUGUUAAAAUAUAAACACAAGCAUCCAAGUAUGAUAAAGAAUACUGAUUCUAUCAUUUAUGUUUAACGUGUAUGGCUGCUUCACAUUACCCAAACAGACUCAACUUUAGAGCACAGAAAGAAGGCCUGCCUUUACAGAUGUACAUUGAUGUUUCAAAGUUAAAAAAUUGACGUUUUCACUUAGAGCCACUGAAAAGAGCCAGAAGCUGAAACUAUAACUAGCCGAAGAUCCAGAAACCAGGUUCCAGUCUACAGAAGGAGCUCAGGAUAUGACUGACAAUGACUGAAAUACGUAAAAUGAAUGCCAUGUUAUUGGUUAAUUAUUAGGAUGGUUGGAACUUAUUGUUGGUUUAUGAAGACACCAUGGCUUAUGUAGUCGUGCUAUUCGUCCACCUAAUGAUGACAGUUACAUUGACUAAUCAUAUAUUUUUAUUUACUCAGGAAUUGUUACAAGAAUGCAAGGAAAUCUGAAAAAAACUAUUUUAAUGGCAUUACUGUAUAGAUUUCAUGUCCAUACAGAUGUGUUCUGAUGUGCAGAUGUGCAUGUGUUCCAACGGUUUUAGAAAAAUAAAUACUAAAGCUCAUUUCUAACUCAGAUGUGUAAUUUUGGAUUUUUUAUUUCAAUGACAUUAAAUACCUCAGUUUUAA